AUAUAUUAAUUUUUUGUUUCAUAUAUAUUGGCUUUUGAUUCACAUAAUGUUAAAAUAAGGAAAUGUUUGUGUGUCAAGACCGCAGCUUACAACAUUAAGCAAAUUGUAUUGUACAAGGUGACAUACAAUAUAAAAGAAAAUAUUGUCUAUAUAGCACUGUACAUUCUUUUUUUACACACUCGAAAAAGGCUCCACAGCCAAAACGUUGUGGUUUCUUUCUUCUCUUUUCAGCAUGGAAUAAACCUAUUACUCGAUCUUUUUUUACCUACAGUGUAUGCCUUUGUCAGCCCAAGCCUUUCAGCCUUAACUGCACUUUCAUCAUUCUUUAAUAUCUAACCCGACGAUUUGUUCACUUUUUAAAGUUCAGUCUUCUCUUUUUUUCCGUUUUUAAUGUUAUUCUGCCUUGGUGGGCAUCUGGGCACAUGGUUUCCUAAGCACCUGGAAGCUUCUCACAAUGGUGUCCUUGUAGCUGGCAUGCUAACAGUACAGUGAAUCUGCUUCCUUCUGUUGGUGUGAGAGAGAUUGUCAUUCAGCCUCACAGUGCAUUCUUAUUCAAUCGGAAUUCAAAGCACAUUGCUCUGAGGCCUUUCAUUAUCCUCUUUUGUACUGUCUCCUUUCAUUCACUUUCAGCACUAAGCAGCACCUAGCAAUUAAUGUGGCAUCUUCAGUCUGAUGACUGUGUCUCAGUGAGGAGCACACAUUCUGUAGUUUAUUCACUUGACACUUGCAGUAUUAUUAAUCAAGAUACUGUAGGUGGUACUGUUACAGAAACUUGAGUGCACCUGUAUACAGUAUAUGAAAUAAAACAAAUUAAAAGACAGCUUCAUUUAGAUAAUGGAUUGGAAGAUGUGUGAAGUUCAAAUAUCCCAGAUGAUACAGUAUGUACGGUUUGGUGAUGUCUCUGGGAUGUAUCUGAGAAUAUGGGAGAGUCAUGUUGUUGGUAAAAAACCUUAAGGUUUUGGUCUAAACAUUAGGGCAAAAUGUCCUAGAUUACAAACGGUCCAUUAUAGCUGAGGAAGUGAAGAAAAGACCGAGAUUCUACAGCUGAGAUCAAAUAAAAAUCAGAGCAUCCCAGAUUUGCUAUCCAUGAAGAAAAAAAUACAGCAAUAGAAAAACAGUACAUGGGACAAUUCAGUUUAAAUAGAAAUGCUUUUUUUCAAAUAAACUUUUAGAGCAUAGCUAUCCAAAUCUGUGUUUAAUUGACCUUUUAAUUGACCUCACAAGCCCAAAAACCACAGAUCCAAGCCACUAAUUACAGCCUUACAGAUGGGAUUAAAUUGUAGGAAACCGCAUGCUGGGGUGCGCUUUCAUACCAUCACUGCGAAUAAUAAAUAUUCCCUUUGCCUGGGUUCUCCUCCAGAAAGACAAGCUGGAACGGCUGGUGCUGAUGCCCCUGUCGAUGCUACAGGCCAUGUUCUCGGCUCCUCAGAAGCUCAUUCAGAAACGGCACGACAAGCUGCUGGACUACUGCAGCCGGCUGGAGAGGGCUGCCUCCGACGAGCUGGGGUGCGCUCGCCGCGACUACGAGGCGCUGAACGCGCAGCUUGUGGAGGAGCUGCAGCGGUUUAACACGGCCGCCAAGAAGAUCUUGUCAAACUCCAUCUACUGCUUCGCUGCUCUCUUUAGGGACCUCAUGGACUCUGCCCGGCAAGCAGCACCACCGAUACAGCUCUUACCGGCUCCUUUGUCGAACCUCAGUGAAGUCCAGAACAGCAUAAUGGAGGAGCUGAACAACCUGGUUUUUGUCAAAGAAAAUGCACAAAAGUUAAUGGAACGAAAAGUGAGCUUUGAGAAAUCCAGGAAAGUUCUGUACGAGACUCCCCGUCAGACUGAAGCUCAGAGGGAAAAGCUUAUUUCCAGCUACCCUGCCGACAGACUGUACCAGCUGAAACGCAACUGCAAUGCAACUCAGGAGCACGAUGUGAGCCUGUUUGAGGGGGAGCUGGUGGCUGUGGAGGAACAGAAAGAUCCACUAGGGAGCACAAGCAGAUGGCUCGUCAACACGGGCAGCACAGUGGGCUAUGUCUACUCCUCCUUUCUGAAGCCAUACAACCCCACCAGGGAGCUCAACGGCAGCAUUCCCGAACAGCAGGAUGACUUUGACAACAUCAGCCUGUUUGUCUCUGGCAGCGGGAGCAACAGCCUUAGGAGCUUCUGUCUGACUGCUGGUGACAGCAGCUCCUCCAUCUCAGGGCUGCAGUCCACAGCUGACCUUGAGGCAGACGGCAUUGAUGACCAGCAGUACUAUGCGGUCUACGCUUUUCAAGCUCGCUGUGAGCAGGAGCUGAGCCUGCAGGAGUACCAGCAUGUGCGGAUCUUGAAGUUCUGCGACCUGAGCGGCAAUAAAGAGUGGUGGCUGGCUGAAGCCAAUGGGCAGAAAGGCUAUGUACCAGCAAACUACCUUGGAAAGAUGUCGUAUGCAUAACAGAUUCUCAUGAACUUUGCCGAGUGCUGCAUUAAUUCAGUCUCUUAUGAGAAUCCCUGCUAUUUUUAUUAUUGUUGUCAACACUGUGAGAUUAUCUUUGUGAAUGAAGUACCAUCUUGCACUAUAAAUGCUGAGCACUUAGUAUUGCCACAUACAGUGUUUUAACGCAAUGAAUGUUAUUCUACCUUAAUUUGUUUAUUAAGUAAAUAUUGUUCUAUCUAUAAUGUAUAUAUACAGAUUUAUAUGCAAAAAUGCUUAUAUGAAAAUAUAUUUUAAACAAUCAUGCAGUGUCAGAGAAUACGUUUCUCUUCUUAGAUGUACGUUCUAUUUAUUUUUUUAUGAGAUGAAUAAAGAUACGCAGCUAUACAAUUGAGAAAUGGUCCAAAGAAAUUAACAUUUUGCUUGUUAUUACUAAUCAUUACCAUUAAUCUGACAGCCUAUGAAGAACAUAUCUUCCACCCUUAGGUUACAAAACAUAUUCAGACAAUUCUUCAAAGGGAACUUCUAUCUAAGCCAAGUUUUAUACUUAUGGCAAGGACAUUGCAUGCUUAUGGAAUAAACAUACUUGAUUAUGAUUCCUCUUCUGAUUUAAUAAUGAUUUUUAAUUUCCUUUCUUCAGUUUGCUCGUUAGCCUUAAUAAACUUUUGGUCUUCAACCAAAAUCCUACAAUUAUCUUUAAA